AUGCCAUUGAACAAUGACCUCGUCUUGGGCAUCCUCAAUGAUGGUAACUGUUCCGAGUUGGACUUCGACGACGACGAUGAAGAGUUUAUUCCUCUGCAGCUGGAAAAUGAUGAAGAAGGUGAAGUUGAGCUAUCCUCUCCGCCUCUCUUAUCUGCGACAGCUGUGAAAUCGGAAAAUAUUAAAGGUAAAGUGUCUAAAAGGAAGUCUACAUCUGAUAACAUGAAUGAGAGUGAAGCAGGCCCAUCUUGUUCUAAAAAGUCAAAACAAACACCUUGUUCAAAAGUAACACAAAAAUCAAAGGCUGUUAUAGUGAAAUUGCCUGCUCGUAAAAGGUUAUGGAAGAAAACUGAUUACAUCGAUAAAUCACAUAACUACUCAGGUCAUCCACAACCAAAUGAAAUAAGAUCGCCGGUUGAAUAUUAUAAUGAUUAUUAUAAUGAUAAUUUUUACGAGCGCAUGGCAUUGUGUACAAACUUAUACUAUUUAAGAAAAACUGGGCGAGUCUUAAAUACAACCAAACCGGAAAUAAAAAAACUGAUUGGUAUCCAUCUACUGAUGGGUAUACUAUCAUAUCCCAGGAUCGCAAUGUACUGGCGAAGAAAUAUUAAAGUUGACAUGAUUGUUUCUGCAAUGACAAGAGAUAGACUGACAACUUUAAGAAACAGUUUGCACGUCGUGGAUUCCGACUCUCCACCCGUUUCGGAAGCAAAUAAUCCUCUCUGGAAGGUUCAGCCGAUGAUCGACAUUGUGAGAGAAGGCUGCAACAAAAUUUCUAAGGACCCCGGGCAGGUAUUCGAUCGACGAACAAAUGAUACCUUUCACUGGCAAGUGUCAUCUUCGCCAGCUUGUAAAGAACAAGCCUCGCCCAGUGGGUCUUAA